GGAUCCCCCCGGCCAGCGGCACAGGGACACUGCAGAUCUAUCUUAUCGACAUUAACGACAACGCCCCGGAGCUGCUGCCCAAGGAAGCGCAGGUCUGCGAGAAGCCAGGCCUCAACGCCAUCAACAUCACUGCGGCGGACGCCGACGUCGACCCCAACAUCGGCCCCUACGUCUUUGAGCUGCCCUUCGUCCCCAUCACCGUGCGAAAAAACUGGACCAUCACCCGCCUGAAUGGUGACUAUGCCCAGCUGAGCUUGCGCGUGCUGUACCUGGAGGCCGGGAUGUACGAGGUCCCCAUCACCGUCACAGACUCUGGGAACCCUCCCCUGUCCAACACGUCUGUCAUCAAGGUCAAGGUGUGCCCCUGCGACGAGAACGGCGACUGCACCACGGUGGGCGCCGUGGCGGCGGCUGGUCUGGGCACCGGAGCCAUCGCGGCCAUCCUCAUCUGCAUCGUCAUCCUGCUGACCAUGGUCCUGCUGUUCGUCACGUGGAUGAAGCGCCGGGAGAAGGAGCGACACACGAAGCAGCUGCUCAUCGACCCCGAGGACGACGUGCGCGACAACAUCCUCAAGUACGACGAGGAGGGCGGAGGCGAGGAGGACCAGGACUACGACCUCAGCCAGCUGCAGCAGCCCGAAGCCAUGGAGCACGUGCUGAGCAAGGCCCCCGGGGUGCGGCGCGUGGACGAGCGGCCGGUGGGCGCGGAGCCCCAGUACCCUGUCCGGCCUGUGGUGCCCCACCCGGGUGACAUCGGCGACUUCAUCAGCGAG